UUUCCACAUAAACUCUCUCUCUCUCUCUCUUCAAGAACAAUGGCAACUGAGGACAAGAUUGGUCACAUGACGGAUAAUAAGAAGCAGGUCCAAGAAGCCAAGGAUAGGGUCUACCACACGGCCCAAACCGCGAAAGACGGGACAACCGAGAUCAAGAACCGGACCGUCAGUUACCUCUCCGAGAAAACCGGUGCCGCCAACGACAAGGUGUCCGCGGUGGCCCAAUCGGUCAAGGAGUCGGCCCAAGCCGGGAGAGACAUGACCACCGCCGUCCUUGAAAAGACGGCGGUGAAAGUCAAGGUCAACGAUUAUUAGUUUUUGAAACUUUAAAGUGUUUCUUCAUUGUUGUUGUUGUACGUAUAUUUGUUGGGCGUGUUUGUUUCCAUUGAAAUAUAUGUAUACGAUUUUUUGUUAUUGUAAUACUCAAAUGAU